AUGGAAGAUAUCUACGAUGAAUCAAAAUUGAAAGGUCAUAGAAGGAAAUUAAUCAAUACUACGAAUAGGAUCAUACUAUCAAAUCAUUACAAAAAACUAAGAGAGAAGAUUGUUGAAAACUUCGCUCAACCAGACAACACUGAUGUUUUAUUUAAGGAAUCCACUAGCAAAUCGUUAAAUAUCCCGUUUCAAGAAUUUCUAAAUCCCCAACAGCCAACCCUAUCAUACUCCAAUAUUUAUAUAAGAAAUUCAAUAGAAUUAUUAGUGCAUUCAUUAAUAACCUCAAUAUUGGUGGAAUUCAAUCUACGCUGUGCUCUUGAUCAAAAAUCGGUUGAUUAUUUAUUAGAUAUUGACUUAAAACAAAAUCCUCAGUUUGCUUCAUUAGAACAGUAUCGAGAGGAUUUUAAUUUUAUUAAAUCUUCGAGGUUUUUAAAUUAUUCCAAGUCAGAUGUUUCAAGGUUUGUUAAAAAUGAAUGUGUGAUUAGCUUCAAUCUGGUUGAGAUAAAUAAUAAUGAAUAUUUAACCAAGUUUAAAAACAUUUUUAAAAGCUAUGAAUCAGAUGAUACUAAAUUUAAGCACCUUAAUUUAUUAACCAAGUUAACCAAUGCAUUAAUUAGUUCUAGAACUUAUACCCCCGAUUUAAGCAUAUUCAAAUAUUUGUUAGACAAAUUUGAUCAGUAUGGUUUAUUAAACUAUCAAACACUAGUUGUUGAUUCUUUACCACCAUAUCAAUUCAUGAGAUCAGUUUUAUCAGAUUCAAGCCAAAUUAAGUCUCCAAAAAUAGCUCAAUCAUACCAGGCAUUAGUUGAGGAAGACCCAGAAAUACUAACUUCCUUGUUGAAAUACUACGUUAAGCAAGAUGAUGCGAAAGGAUUCAAAGAGUUAUUACAGUACUUCAGAUUGAACGAAAUUAAAGAGAAUAAUAAAUCUUUAUCCAACUCUGCCGCUGCCCCCUUUUUAUCCAAAUCAAGAUUUUCAAGCAAAUUCGCCGAAAUCAUGCCCACGAUUACUUUCAACUGUUCAAACCCUUUACUAAUUUCAAGCGAAGUUAUAUUAAUUGCCAUUGACGGUUGUAUAAAAUUUAAUUUGUUUGAAUAUAUCGAUCUAAUAUUUAAUAAGAGAGUAAUUUAUUCAACAAAAGAGAACAAUAAAAUCGCUCUCUGGUUGGGGAAAUCUUCGAAGGUGUCAGAAACAGAACAAGCAUUAUUAAUAUCAAAAGGUUUAACUCUAAAUGAGUUUGAACUGAAACUUUUCAAUAAGAAAAUUUUCAGCCUUUUAUUACAAGCAAGUGCAAAAUCAAAUGACUUAGGAAGAAUCAUGUGGUUAGUUCCUCAUCUAAAUGAAUAUUUAAAGAAUAAAUUACAGAAUGACGACUGCAAAAAUCAUAUUGAAUUUAUUAAGCAUCACGUCGCGAAUAACACUGAAACGUCAGAAGAGUUCACCGCAAAGGAUUCUUCGAGCCCGAUAGAUCUAGAGUUCAUUAGAACAAUCUACAAUACCUUAACGAUUUUGAAAGUCGAAGGUUUGGUAUUGACUUACGAUCGUAUCUUCGACUUUAAGUCGAUUGUUAAGUAG